CUGUUCCGUCCUCUCGACUUCGUUUGCUCGUCCUCUCUCCAAUUGACUUGAUGCUGCCCCUGCGGUUCUUGACGAACUGGGUGCAUGUGAGCUGCAAUCAACAACUUGACCCUGACUGAAUUGGGGGCUGUUUCUGUUUUGUUGCUUUUGUUGACCUCGCAUGGCCAAGAUGGAGUCCAGGCAGACCGACCUCUGGGUCGUGCUGUUUGUCACCUUUGCCGCUGCCGUCACCAUCACAAUACUCCGUCUGCUGAGUCGAAGACUCAAGAGGAUCUCUCUCUCGUGGGAUGAUUACUUUGCACUCUGCGGUUUUGCCAUUUCCGUUGGUUGGGUCAUCAUCAUUCCCUACUGGGUCAACCACGGCCUCGGACUUCACAUUGACGAUGUCAUGGCUAUGCGGGGAAUAACGCAGGGAGAGGCAUUGUUCCAAUCAAAAUUACUGCUCUUCAUCGCCGAGCUUUUCUACGCCUUCGGCCUGUUCUUCGCCAAGGUGUCCAUCUUGAGCCUGUAUUGGCGCAUGUUCAACGUCACGAAUAUCCGACUUCCGAUCCAAAUUCUAUUCGGAUGUUCCUUUGUUUGGAUUACCUUUCGAAUCUUUAUGGGCAUCUUUCACUGCGUUCCUGUCCAGGCAUUCUGGGAUUCCAGUGCCGGCGGGUACUGUGCCAUUGAGGACAAGAAGUUCUUCUUUGGCACCACUCUUGUCCACGCCGCCAUUGACAUUGCCAUUUUGAUCUUGCCCAUGUGGCAGAUUUCACAGCUACAGCUACCCUUGAUGCAAAAGGCUGGCAUCAUGGUCAUGUUUACUUUUGGCUUUUUCAUUUGUGCGGCCGGUAUCAGGUUGAUUGUAGCCGCCAGAGUGUUCGACGACCAUUCACCGGAUCUGACGUGGAAUAUCUGCGACAUUGUGAUUUGGGCGACAGUCGAGGUCAACCUGAUCAAUGUCUCUGGUAGGUUUCCCACCUCGUUCCUCGCUCAAGUCCCGUGGGGAUGGCUAACACUCUCUCUAGCUUCUCUUCCUACAAUUCGACCGGCCUGUACAUUCAUCUUCACCUGCACACACCCACGGACACGGACGCAAGCCAGCUCAGGCAGCUACCCAACUACGGACCCUCGAAGCCGAACCAAGCACUCCAUCCGCCUCGACCCCAUGACCAAGUCAUCGCCCAACGAUGAAUCCAGCUCGACACACCAGCUUGCCGACUCGGACGAUGGCGGUGGUCGCGGCUCCGUGUCCGACUUUGAAAGUCACGCCAUCGAUCGACUGCGACCAACCGGCCAUAAGUACACUUCAACCGUGACGGGACAAAGUGGCAUGGGAGGUGAUUCCCGAUCAAACCUGGAUGGCAUUCUUGUCAAGAAUGAGACCACGGUGCAUGUUUCCCAGCACUGAUCAAACGGAUUGAAGCCAGGCGCAGGCCAAUGGUGGAAGACGACGUAUGUACCUUGUGAAAUUAAUAAUCAAUAGAAGGAGUCAAAGGGACUCGAAUAGUAGCAAUUACAUGUACUUUACCUGACUACUAAUAAUAGCAGUGCGACGUUGGCGACGGACGUUAGUGUCUUGGCCUUUGCAUACAACCUCGCUAGCAGCUAACCUUAGCGAUUGAACUCGACCCCUAC